CAAACCCAAGAAUCCCCGUGGAUGACGUCGCAAGCCAGCUUCAAAGUUGCAUCCUACCAAAGGCACCUUUUGUGAAAGCACGCGGGCGAGCGGUCAACUUUUUUGUAAUAUUUUUUAGUGUGCCCACCAUGAGCACUACGCCUAACGCAAGCGCGGCGGAUGCUUUAGCUGCUCUGACAGCUGGGCUUACGGAAGAAAAGAUCAACGCCAUGCUGCAGAGAGCUUCCUUCUUACAAAAGCAAGGUGCAAAAGAGGAUGGAAGUAAUGAAUUCUCUCAGCUUAUGUUGAUUUUACGAAACUUGCAACAGCGGCAGUUAAUGCACCAGCAACAACUUCAACAACAGCAGCAACAACAACAACAACAACAGGUUGCCCAGCAAAAUACACCACGUCCACCAAAUCAAACCACUCCACUUGGUCAACCUGCAGCGACAUUUACACCAACACAGCUGUCAGCAUUGAAACUCCAAAUUCUGACUUUUAAGCUUAUGUCGCAAAAUGGUGCGAUUCCUGGACGAUUGAAAGAAAUAACCUUAUCACCUUCAAACAUUGAAAAGCUGCUCGAGCCAAGAGAGACUUUGAGCCUGGAUACCAAAAUUAUCGAAACUUCUUUGAUGCAGAAAGAUACGGCUGAACAGAUGGUCAAUAAAGAUGGUCAGCAGCUUAUGACACCAUUUUUCACGCAACCCACCAUCAAAGGGUCAUCAAUGGCUCAAGAAAUAUUUGAAUUCAGUACUGGCCCUUAUAACCUCAUUAAGAAGCCAUUUGCUUCUCAUGCACAUGCGUCACUUCAGCAACGACUGUUACUACCAGGCAUUGCACCGUCUGGUCUGGAUCCUGCAUCUGUGCUAUCUGAGCGUGAAAUUCGAUUGCAAACUCAAAUUCAGAAUAGAAUCGCUCAACUGGAAGCUAUAGCCAUUACUGGACCUGAUGGAGACGCACCUUUGGGCCAGCGCAUGUAUGAAAAUUAUGAGGAAACCGUGAAGAAUGCUUCUGAAAGUGAACUACAAGCCAUUUUGGAGCUGAAGUCACUAAAGAUGUUGGAUCAGCAAAAGAAGUUGCGAGAGGAGAUUGUAAAGGACAUCAAUCGAGCAAACCGAUUUUCACAUACUGAUCGGGCAGAGUAUCGUAGACUGAAGAAACAGUCGAUGAAACAGGCACGCAUGACGGAAAAGUUAGAGCGACAGCAACGUUUGCACCGUGAGAAGAGGGAGAAGCAGAAGCAGCUGGACUAUUUGCAGACGAUUUGCAAUCAUGGCCGUGAUCUUGUUGCUUGGCAUAAAUCUCACGCCACUAAGCAAGGCAAAUUGGGUCGAGCCGUCUUGCAAUACCAUAACCAUGUCGACAAAGAGGAGCAAAAGCGAACGGACAGGUUGUCCAAAGAGCGUAUUAAAGCCCUGAGAGAGGAUAACGAAGAAGUUUACCUCAAACUGAUUGAUGAGACCAAGGACACUCGCUUGACACACUUGCUUCGGCAGACUGGUACUUAUCUAGAAUCACUUACAAGGGCUGUGGUGGAUCAGCAAAAAGAUUUCGUUCACGAGGAAGAGGAGCCCAUGCUUGCCGAUGAUGAAAACGAUGAAGACAUGCAGUUCAUCGAUGCUCAUGGCAAGAAAGUCGACUACUUCCAAAUGGCUCAUAAGAUCAAAGAAAAGGUCACUCAGCCCAAUAUGCUCCUUGGUGGCACACUUAAAGAAUAUCAGAUCAAAGGAUUGCAGUGGAUGGUAUCACUCUAUAACAAUCGACUCAAUGGUAUUCUGGCUGAUGAGAUGGGUCUAGGUAAAACCAUUCAAACCAUCAGUCUCGUUACAUAUUUAAUUGAGAAGAAGCAGCAAAAUGGUCCUUUUUUGAUUGUUGUUCCUCUUUCGACACUCACAAACUGGAACCUUGAAUUUGAAAAGUGGGCACCGUCCGUCAUCAGGAUUGUAUAUAAAGGCCCUCCUAGUGCUCGGAAACAAAUUCAACAGCAAGAAAUCAAGCAUGGCAAUUUCCAAGUUUUGUUGACGACGUUUGAAUAUGUGAUCAAGGAUAGACCUGCUUUGAGUAAAAUAAGAUGGAAUUAUAUGAUUAUUGAUGAAGGCCAUCGUAUCAAGAACACCAAUUCAAAACUGACAUCGGUGUUGCGACAAUACUAUCGUUCAAAAUACCGCCUGAUUCUUACAGGAACACCUCUACAGAACAAUUUGCCAGAAUUAUGGGCUUUGCUCAACUUCAUUCUACCCAAGAUAUUUAACAGUGUAAAGAGUUUCGAAGAAUGGUUUAACACGCCAUUCUCAAGUCAAGGAGUUCAAGAUAAGGUUGAGCUUAAUGAAGAAGAGCAGCUGCUUAUCAUUAAGCGAUUACACAAGGUCCUCCGGCCGUUCUUACUCAGGCGUUUGAAGAAGGAUGUCGAAUCUGAGCUUCCGGAUAAAAUCGAACGCGUUAUCAAGUGUAAAUUAUCGGCACUGCAAGCUAAGUUGUACGAGCAAAUGCGACGAGACGGUAUGCUUUACGGCGUUGGCGAAAAAGGACGGACCGGCAUCAAAGGCUUGAACAAUACCAUUAUGCAACUUCGAAAAAUCUGCAACCACCCAUUUGUAUUUGAGGACGUUGAAAAUGUCGUCAAUCCCUCAAGGCUCAGCAACGAUCUACUAUACCGCGUCUCUGGAAAAUUCGAAUUACUCGAUCGUAUGCUGCCGAAACUGCAACAGACUGGGCAUCGGAUCCUAAUAUUCUUUCAAAUGACUCAAAUCAUGAACAUUAUGGAGGAUCUGUUACAUUAUCGAGGGUUCCGUUAUUUACGAUUGGAUGGCUCUACGAAAGCAGACGACCGAUCACAGCUACUCCACUUAUUCAACGCGCCUGAAUCCCCUUAUUUUGUGUUUUUGCUUAGUACCAGAGCUGGUGGGCUUGGUCUCAAUUUGCAAAGUGCCGACACAGUUGUGAUUUUUGAUUCUGACUGGAAUCCACAUCAAGAUUUGCAAGCACAGGACCGAGCACAUCGAAUUGGCCAAACGAAGGAAGUCCGCAUUUUUCGACUAAUCACCGAAGAUUCGGUGGAGGAGAGCAUUUUAGCCCGUGCACAGUAUAAGCUAGAUAUAGACGGCAAAGUUAUCCAAGCUGGUAAAUUCGAUAAUCGAAGUACUGAAGAAGAUCGUGAAGCAUUCUUGAAGAAGAUGACGGUGUUGAUGAUGAAGAACUUAAUCUGAUCCUCAAGCGGUCAGAUGACGAAUAUAUCAGGUUCAUGGAAAUAGACAAGGAACGGGAUCAACAAGAGUAUGAGAUGUGGCAAGCUCAUGGUGGCCGUGGUAAACGACCUGAAAGACUCCUUCAGGAAUACGAGCUUCCUGAUGUGUAUCGAAUCGAAGAGCCUACUGACACUUCAAUGGAAGAAUUCGAGUUUGGUCGUGGACAACGAUCCAAAGAGCAUGUCCGUUAUGAUGAUGGGCUGACGGAGAAACAAUGGGUGAGG